AUGUGUGUCCGUGCUCAUCACCAGUUAUGGAAUGUUAUUGGAAUACCGGGUAUCGUACACCGGGUCACAGGCUUCCGUGACUUUAGUGAAGCGAAGCCGGAGGAAGACCAACGCGCCAGGGCGGACCAGGGGAGGUCAAAACCGACAGCUCAACUGCCAGCGGCGACUUAUCCCGUAGUUCACCCCCAGCAUCGGUCUACACCAGCGAGACCAGCCGAUCCAGCUCAGCCGGACCCAGCUGUUGACGUGCCAGGGGCGGACCCGGACCUGAACCAGGCCCUGAUGGAAUCGCCCCCCACAACUCCGCAGACUUCGACUCCCGGGAUUCCAGUGCUGCCACCUCCACCUCGGAAGAGUGCCGCCGUAGAGUCCCAGGCCCGUCUUGCGGCCAGUGAAAAGCGGAAGGCGAUUGCUUCCCCAGGCGACCAACCAGUCAAGCCAAGCCCGCCACCUCAACCGCCGACACCGCCUACAGCUCCAACUGAAGAUCUGUCCUGUGGACAGCCUUGA